AUGCUGGUGGAGAUCAAGUUCACGGUGCGUCUUGAUCUGCCGAAGGAGCACACGGCCAUCACAAACGGCAUGUCCUCGGAAGUCGAGGCCGGCUACGCCCAGAUUGUGAAGUGCGGAUCGACGGUGGAGGUAUCAGGCCAGUUCGACCACAAUGAUGAAGGCAAAAUGAGAGGUGGUGGCGACUUCGACGCACAGUGUGAGCAAGCGUUUAAGAACAUUGACAAGCGCCUAGCUGAGAUUGGGGCUACACGCAAUCAGAUUGUCCACACGGAAGUGCUGAUCGUCAACAUCCGCAACAACAUCGAGAAGCUCAACGCCGCGCACAAGAAGUUCUUUGGCUCGUACCGUCCAGCAAGCGCAUGUUGGGGCGUGGUGGCACUGGGUAUGCCAGGCGCUCAGGUGGAGAUCAAGUUCACGGUCCGUCCGGAUUUGUCGAAGGCCCCCAAGACGUAUUCGCACGGUCUACCAUGGGAAGAUGCACAUAACUACAGCCAGGUGGUCGUCACCAACGAGACGGCGUGGAUUUUUGGUCAAUUCGCCCAUGACGAUGAAGGGAAUCCUAUUGGCGAAGGUGACUUCGAGAAGCAGUGCAAGGCAGCGUUCGCCAAUCUGGAUGUGUCUAGCGGCGAUCGGAGCCACACGCAGUCAAAUUGUGCACGCCGGUGCUAUGGUUGUCGGUCUGAGUGA